AUGCCGCGGGAAUCUUCAAAACGUGAACAACGAGUGUCAAGACCAACGCCAUAUAAACUUCCACGCCAAAGAAGUUCCGACCUGGCUGAUGCUUUGGACAAAGAGGAUCCCGUAUCUCAAGAUGUCUCGAACGAAUGCCUCGAAAUCUCCACGGCUCCAACAAUUCCACCUGGAGACAUAUAGUUUGAUCCAAGGACUGUUGUCUUCAAUGCACCAUUCAACAAAACUCAAGUUUCUCUAAUUGAAAUCAAAAACACGUCGGAUCGUCGAGUUUCAUUUGCAAUCAAUACGAGAAAACGAGCUGAUAAGAUGUGCACUCCAAAUUGUAGAGUACUUGAUCCAAAUGAGAGUAUCAUUCUUAGUGUUUCAUGCUUUUUUUUUGAAUUCAAAAAAGUCGAUAGAAUGAACGAUCGUCGAAUGGGCCAAUUCGCCAGGAUUAGCCGACAAAGAGUUCCGCCGUGAAUUCUUGGGAGGAGACCGAAUGGUCCGUCGCAAAACCAUCUUCAUCGAAUACAGCAUAACUGAAAAGGACUCCAAAUCACCGACAUCUUCGACUUCGUUCCUACAUACCACAAAUCAUGGAAUGUGGAUGCCAAUCGGGUUCGCCGCUUCUGAGAUGUACAACUUCGAGAAAGGGACUCCGUUGGACAAAAAGACUUGCGAGAAAAAUCUGGAAAAGCUCGUCAAAUACGACCGCGAAGUUGACUAUCACGAAUGGCUCAAUCUCGCCCAACAGUGCCGAACCGAAAAUCAGCACUUGAUGGAGAAAAUGGCAUUCGGAAUGGCUUUUACUUCAGCUAUGUCAAACAAGCUGCACAAGCAAGUUGGUGAGAAAACUGACGAUCGGAAACCCACGGGCUCGAAUGAUGUCACAUUUUUGAUCGAAUCCGCAGGGCCAUGGGACAGAGAAGUGGUGUUGGAUUUUGGAGAUGGUGACCCAUGAAGAGUGGCCGAGUUCGUCGUCCGACUCCUUGGACUCUGAUAUGAAGCAUUGGGCGAGAAGGGUAUUUGAUAAAAUUGAUGACUCGGAUCCUCACAUGAUGUGCUACACGACAUCCAAAAAUGCAUCCACGUACAUCCCAAUUGACAAGGAUUUCUUCAAUGGAAUUAGCGACUGUCUAAUCGCUGGAUUUGGUCAGGAGCACUCAAAAGACAGAAAACUUCAAGUGAGAAAGCUGAUCACUGAAGUUAUGAGCUACAAACUAAGCCGCGUGAGAGCCCAUUACAACAGCAUCAAUGGGAAUACUUCGUCGGAGAAAGCUGCCAAAUGGAUGAGAGAGGAGAUUGCUAAGGAGGAUGGGGAGCUAAAAGAAUGCCAGCUCACUCUCUCACACGCUUCGAAAACUUCACACUGGCUCGAAGAUUUGCCCCAAAAAGAUAAAAAACUAAUAGAUUCUUCAAUCAAAUGUCUCCAGCUGCAAUGGGAAAAUUUAAAUGGAAAAGUACCUUUUAUAGUACAUUGUGAUGAUUAA